AUGGGAUCACGCGUCAGCCUGGGAAUAUGCGAUGGGCCGAAUUGCGAACGUGGAUAUCACACCACGGGAGGAGAACGAAUAAAUCAUAUGACGCCAACUUUCGGAUCCAAUAGCCAGUUUGACGUAGGGCAAGAACAAUUCAGCGGCACGCCAACGUCAGUCAGGGGAAUACCUCAAUUAAAUCCGAAUGACUCGACGCAUUCUCGAGAAAGCGCUAAGCUAGACGAGAAGGCAUCUUGCAUGAAUACAACAUGGCCAGAAGAACGUCGAAGGCAAGUGCAGUCUGCCGUUGCAAGAACAACUCCUUCAAUAUCUGCUGCCGUGUCCAACACGACCUGCUGCUCUACUGAACAACUGCAUUACAUUGACCACGUCCAAAGACUCCCGCCAUGGGUCACUGCAAGAUCGAGACUCACCCCAAUAACGUUCGCCAUGCUGACUCUAUUUUCUCUCGCGGGCGCUGGUAGCACGAGCGCAACCGCUCAGUGA